AUGUGGACAAAUCACUUAAUAGUGGCAAUUGUACUCGCGUCUAUUAUCAACGUCUGUCAUGCGAAGUGCCAGAGUCGCUCCAUUGACUGUUAUGAGUGCGACUCAUCGACGGAUCUCAGAUGUAAGGAUCCUUUCGACAAUACUACAUUAGAUAAAAACCGACCGCCUCUGAUAACCUGUGAUGGAUGCUGCGUGAAAAUGGUUCGCAACACGCGAUUACCACGUGAGAAGGACCUGUACGUCGCAGCUAUAAAUAAAUUUAUUCAUGGUAGAUCAUGUGUGCAUGAAAGAGAGCACCGGCAUUGGUCACAUGUGCUUCUGUGAAAGUCAUAAAUGUAAUCAAGUACCGUCUUUGCGCUCAAAUUCCGUACUCCUGCUGAUUCUAUCAAUUAUCUUGUUCUACAUUCGGUUUUUUUGGAGGUUUGCUUUGUAGAAUACAAUGAUACGUCAUAUAACACUAAUUAUUUUGAUCCGCCCAUUGCAGUGGCUUCCAAUCAUAUCCUAUAGAGAUUCUAAUGAGUUGACAACAUAAUCACUGGUUGAAAUAAACAAUUGGCUUUGAUUUUGAAGGCUAGAUUUGAGAAAUAAAAAAAAAUAGCCGAGAGAAAGUAAAAAGCAAUAGAUGAUCGACGUGUCGUUAUAGUUUUCAUUGAUUUUGUACUUUUUUUAAACGCACGUCGUCGACUCACUCAAUUGCGUUGAAAUAUAAAAUAUAUUUCUAUAUUAUGUGCUUGUCUAAAAACACAACAUUGUUAUAAAGAAUGGUUCACGUACUUGCAUAUUAAGCUCAUAUUUUGGUAGUUACUUCCGUUACUCAUCAGCGGCACUACUCUCUCUAUCUUCUGCAGAGUUAGUAGCGCUCUGUAAAACACUGACACUUCAUAGUGUAUUGUGUAUUUUCUGCUAAGGUAGAGCAAUUUUAUUCGGAAAAGCAUUUGAGUAUUUCAAGAAUUUGUGAUAUACAAGAUCAAAAUAGAAUCAGAGUUUUGUAUAAUUAAUCUUGUUAUAGAAAUUCCUAGUUAUUUCACAUUAGCGAACAGGAACUGGUAUGAAUAUGAGCAAUAUGUAGGGUGAGUCAACGAAUAGUCUCGAUUUGCAAUAGAGUUAUGUUGAGGGCACUCUUUCCGGCGAAAACAUGGCUGUAAGCGAGGUUAGACGUUGUAAGCAAGAGGAUAGUAGCAACUCGUUUUUUUUUAGUCAGAUUCAGAAAAAGGAUCACGCUUGCGUUCACUAAAAAAAAAACUAGGCAUAAUCUACGAAUAAACGACUUAUUUAAUAAAUUAGGUUACAUAAAUAACUAUUUAAAUUACAUACAAAGCUUCCAAAAUAUUAUUCCGUCAAAGAGUGCGGAAGUCUGAGAUAAAUAAUCCUUUCCUUAUUAAUCCCGCUACGAGUAAACCAGUGGAUUUGAGCGAAAUUGAGACCAAAAUAGACUACAAGAAGGUGAUCAAACAGUCGUUCAAAGAGCCAUGAUUGGAAGCAAUGGUUAAAUUACAACGUUUCAGAUCUGAUGAAAAAGCUGAAAUAUUCUAAAGCUCUACAGAGCUUUCUGGUGACACCGGGCUUUACAGAAUUGAAGAUUAACAACAAACUAUCUUAAAAUGUCAUCUUAAUUGAGGCAAGGACUAUUUAGCUCAGACAGAACGAGUAAUGGUGAAUUUGACGAAUGUCUUACAGAAGGAGGUUUUGUUUGCGUUCUUGUUUACAACAGAUUAUAAAUUGGGCGAAUAAAAAUCAUCAACUGAA